UGCACGACUAGCCCCAGCUCUGCAAGUCUCCCCCUGCCCGUCUGACCGCCGGACCUUGCCCGCGGUGCAGGCUCAGCACUGACAUUCGUCUUUCCGCAGCACCCUUAUUACACGGACUAUUACAUUCCCUGUGACUCCAGAGGUUCAUGAAGGAUUCCAACCAUGGUUACCCUAAUGUAAAAUGGAAGACUGUUUUGAUUGCGACUGUGGUGAGCUUGAGCCACCCGAUCAUUAAAGGGAAGAACAGCGUAAUAUCAACAGCCACACUCUAAAUUAUUGAUCAAGCAUAUCCAACUGAAAACGUAUAUACAGCUCUACUUAGGAAAACAUUUUACAGUGAUAAUUUGGAUAGUGAAAUGGCACUUCUUUGGACCAGUCAUACACCGUGUGUGUCCAUAUUGCAACAAUGAUCUCGGAGGCUUUGACAUUUCUUUCCUGUUUCAAGCUAUUCAGGCAACCUCGACCAUCAAGUUACUCCAUUUUAGACUUUCAAGCUCAAGGGGAAAAUAUAAAUAAAAAUUAAAAGGAAACUGUCAACACAGUCAAACUCAACCUUUGGAUCUAGUGAACCAUGACAAAAUAGCCUGCCUAUAUAUCAGAGCGCUGUCCAAGUAUUCCACAGGAAAAAAGGCAGGGUCACUGCAGGCUUCAGUGACUGUUUAGCAUACGUACAUGCAUAUUUUUUAAAUAAAAAGUCAAUUUGUUAAGAAUCAAAAGAAAAAAAAAACGCUGUUCAUAUCUCCUCAACACAGACGUGAAACCACAAACAUAAAAACCACUCUGCUAGAGAAAAUGGCAGAGAAGUUUGAGAGUCUCAUGAAUAUCCAUGGCUUUGAUCUGGGCCCCCGUUACAUGGACCUGAACCCCCUGGGUUAUGGUGGCAAUGGUCUGGUCUUCUCUGCCGUGGACAUGGACUGUGACAAGAGGGUGGCAGUGAAGAAGAUCAUCCUCACUGACCCCCAGAGCGUGAAGCAUGCCCUGCGUGAGAUCAAGAUUAUACGACGCCUGGAUAAUGACAAUAUUGUCAAGGUGUUUGAGACCAUGGGCCCCAGUGGCAGGCAGCUGACCGAGGACGUGAGCUCGCUGACAGAGGUCAACUCCGUCUACAUCGUUCAAGAGUACAUGGAGACGGACCUGCGCAACGUGCUGGAGCGGGGGCCCCUCUCGGAGGGACACGCCCGCCUCUUCAUGUACCAACUGCUCCGUGGCCUCAAAUACAUCCAUUCAGCCAAUGUCCUGCACAGGGACCUCAAACCAGCCAACCUCUUCGUCAACACCGAGGACCUGGUGUUGAAGAUCGGAGACUUUGGCCUGGCUCGCAUCAUGGACCCACACUACUCCCACAAGGGACAUUUGUCUGAAGGACUGGUCACAAAGUGGUACAGGUCGCCUCGUCUUUUGCUGUCCCCCAAUAACUACACCAAAGCCAUCGACAUGUGGGCAGCUGGCUGCAUCUUUGCAGAAAUGCUGAGCGGGAAAACCCUCUUUGCAGGUGCCCAUGAGCUGGAGCAGAUGCAGCUCAUUCUUGAAUCCAUCCCCGUCAUUCACGAGGAGGACCGGCAGGAGCUGCACAGCGUCAUCCCCGUCUUCAUCAAGAGCGACAUGUCUGAGCCCCAGACCCCUCUCGCCAAGCUGCUGCUGGGGCUCAGCUCUGAAGCUCUGGAUUUUCUGGAAAAAAUCUUGACCUUCAGUCCAAUGGACCGCCUGACUGCAGAAGAGGCCUUAGCUCACCCCUACAUGAGUGACUACUCUUUCCCGUUGGAUGAACCCAUCUCCAGUCACCCCUUCCACAUAGAAGAUGAGGUGGAUGACAUCUUGCUGAUGGACCAGAGCCACAGCCACAUCUACAACUGGGACAGGUAUCACGACAGCCAGCUCUCAGAUCAAGACUGGCAUCUCCUCAGCACCCACGAGACAGACGAGGUCCAGCGUGAUCCCCGAGCGGUGCUGGAUGAGACCGACGAGGUGGUGGUUCAGGUGGACCCCCGUAAAUACCUGGACGGGGACCGAGAGAAAUUCCUAGAUGAUCUAGCCUUUGAUUCCCGCUUCUCAUCUGAGCUCUCUUGGCAGCAUGAAGACCACCAUGAGAACAAGUACUGUGACCUGGAAUGUGGACAUACCUGCAACUAUAAGGCCAUCUCCUCCUCAUACCUGGAUAACCUGCCCUGGCACGACAGCGUCAAUCACUACUAUGAGCCCAAGCUUAUCAUCGACCUGUCCAACUGGAAGGAGCAGACCAAAGAGAAAGCUGACAAGAAGGGCAAGUCCAAGUGCGAGAAGAACGGACUGGUCAAGGCCCAGAUUGCUCUGCAGGAGGCCACCGCCCAGGACACGGCUGAGAAGGCCAAGGCAACGGAGAAGAGCCGGAACUUUGAUUUUGACUCCUUCAUUGCCAGCACCAUCAAGCUCAGCCUGCAGCCGGAGCCCAGUAACGUGGGCCUCCUCAACGAGCUGAACACCUCCGUCUCUCAACCUGAACCCCGGUGCUCCCUGUCCAAGUCGGUCAGCCAGGAGAAGGAGGAGAAGUGCCUGGUGAACCUGGCCCAGCUAGAGGGCCGGGCACCCAACCCCUGGGAGAGCUUUGGCAGCACCAGUGUCUCCGGGGAGGAGCCCUGCCUGAUCGAUGAGGUGUGCUGGGAUGUGAGGAGGGAUGAGCAGCUGCAGAAGGAGACUGUCUACACUGGCUACCUGGACAGGCUUUUCAGCAGGAGGGAAGAGGUGCUGGAGCCUGAGUGCCGGGAAGCCAAGGAGAGGGAGGACGGCUUCCUGGCUAGAAAUGGAGAGAUCAUGUUCAGCAUGCAGUUUGAGACCCUAGCCCUCCCCAGAUUUGACAGCCCCACAGAUUCACCCCUCAAGUCCAUACAGGGCACAUUAUCACCCUCACCCUUAAAAUGUUCCCCUCAAGUUGCCCAUAAAACAUACAGCAGCAUUUUUAAACAUUUGAAUUAAAUUCCCACUGAAAGUUCUUUUUUUUUUCUCUUUUUUUUUUUUAAAAAGCAGCGGUUAUAUUUUACUUGAAUCAUUUCAUACUUUUAUGGUUACUUUUUUAAUGACCUUUUCUAUCUGUAACUCAAUAAGGAGUUAAUUUUCAAAAUACCAGAUUAUGGAAAACUAUUAUGACAACUGUAAAUGAAGUCCAUAGGAAUUAGCUAAUGUAUCAGUAAUUACAACCCCUGUCAUUUUACACAUUUUAGAAUGGUGUAAAAUUACAUGCAUGUAUAUUCUGAAAUUCAGCAUUGUAUUUUAUAAUAGAAGUAUGUAUAGACAAGCAAGUCUAUUUUGACAAACUGGAUAAUUCAACAUGUUAUUUUUGUAGUAAGGGAAUAGAUGUUUUAGUCAGUUAUACUGGAGGUCGUAUGCACACCCAGCUUGAAUUCAAAAUGGCAUGUUUUUUUUCUACAGUCUACUGUAGACUAAAAUAAUGGAAGAAGAGUAAUGGAUAGAAAGAUCAUGAACUGAAGGAAAGUGUAGGGGGAUAAGGCAAUGCAUGUUGUGAAGCGGUGAACACGCACUAAACAGAGGGACAACACGGUCACUGACAACUCUUAGCUGGUUUUUCCUUUUAGUAUAAUUUAUCCAUUAAAAAAAAAAAAAAUCCCAAAUGACCUCAUAGAAAGCUUUUUGUACUGCACCAUUUCUAUAACAACAUGAUGCCAAUAGCUACCAUUAAAUGUGGAACUUUGUAAAUGUGUACUCUACCUCAAGGUAAUAUUCAGCUGUAAGCCAGACCCUCUGAGCCACGCUACUGCUUUGCAGACAUGUUCACCUUGAAUCUGUUCAGUGCGCAGUGGCAAUUUACUUUCCUUUUAUUUUACAUUUGCAAUGGCAAAGUGUUACAAAUCAUCUAUUUAUUUUUUAGCUGACGUGAGGUAUUUAUUUUAGAAGUAAAUGUAAUAUCAGUAUGACACUUUGGAAACUUUGAGGCAUUCUCAUUGGCUUCAACUUGACGGUGUGUACGAUUACGUUCAGUGGUGGGAUGCUCAUUAUCCACUUUCCAAGUUGAAAAGCUUUCCAUUUGUUUCCUGAAGGAAAUUACACAUUCAAAUUUUUAAAAUUGUUUUUGGUGCCUUUUCUUUUGGAGAUUAUGGAGUUUAAAAUGCACCCAAGUCUUAAUAUUCGUUUAAAUGUACGAAAUGUACCACAGGACACAGAGGAGACAUGGAAGGUACAGUAGAGAAGAACAUAAUGAAGUAGCCUACAUUGUAAGUGAGUCAGUUUGUUUAAUUGCUUUUGUUACAAUUUUUUUCCAAACAAGCAUGAUUAAAUUGGGGUUGUAUGUGUAGUAUGUAGUUUAAACACUUAAGAAAAUUUGUUUUGCAUUUUAGGAUAAAUGCUGGAAGUUAAUUUUCUGUAUCAUUGGUUUCCCCCAGUUUAAAAAUAAAUAAAAUUGCCAGCAAAUAUG